GCGCAUCGGGGGCUCCCGGAGGCCGAGCCCGGCUGCCAUAGCGGGGAGGGUCCAAUGCAGCAGGCAGCCGGCGGGGCUGGCCGCGCUCCUGCGGCAGAGGUUUGCCUCUCAAGCUGCUUUUGACUACUCUGGACAGUAGCAACACAUUGAAUCUGGCAUGAUUCUUCCCAGUUGUACUACUGCAGAUGGAAUUCUGAGUACAAGGAAUGAAAAUUGAUAGGACUUGUUGGUGUUCCUUCUGCUAUAGCCUGGCAAAUCUCUGAGCAGCAGCAGAGGAGACCUGCAAACAGAAAAGAAAUAGAAGCCGUUAACCUACCCUGUUCAGAGAGAACACUAAAUCGGCACAACAUGGCACAGCAUAGUAUUGUCCUUGGAUUAUUCGUCAUGACUGUUUUAUCGCUGUUGGAUGGAAGCUCAGCUUUCCUGUUAAAUCAGCGGCUGAAAGGAAGAUUUCAAAGAGACCGUAGAAACAUCCGCCCAAACAUCAUCCUUGUUCUUACUGAUGAUCAAGAUGUAGAACUUGGUUCUAUGCAAGUGAUGAAUAAAACAAGGCGGAUCAUGGAACACGGAGGUGCUCAUUUCAUCAAUGCCUUUGUGACAACGCCCAUGUGCUGCCCAUCUCGCUCCUCUAUUCUUACGGGGAAGUACGUCCACAACCACAACACUUACACUAACAAUGAGAACUGUUCUUCUCCGUCCUGGCAGGCUCAGCAUGAAAUACGUACGUUUGCAGUGUACCUCAACAACACAGGAUACAGGACAGCUUUCUUUGGAAAGUACCUUAAUGAAUACAAUGGCUCCUAUGUACCUCCUGGCUGGAAAGAAUGGGUUGGAUUACUUAAAAAUUCUCGAUUUUACAACUACACACUCUGUAGAAAUGGAGUGAAGGAGAAGCAUGGAUCUGACUAUGCCAGGGAUUAUCUAACUGAUCUGAUUACCAAUGACAGUAUUACCUUCUUCAGAAUCUCAAAGAAGAUGUAUCCUCACAGGCCUGUACUGAUGGUUAUAAGCCAUGCUGCUCCUCACGGCCCUGAAGAUUCAGCCCCUCAGUACUCACAUCUUUUUCCUAAUGCCUCACAACACAUCACUCCCAGUUAUAACUAUGCUCCAAACCCAGACAAGCACUGGAUAAUGAGGUAUACAGGUCCCAUGAAACCUAUACACAUGGAAUUCACCAACAUGCUGCAGAGAAAGCGCCUUCAAACACUCAUGUCUGUGGACGAGUCUAUGGAGAUGAUAUACAAUACGUUGGUUGAAACAGGUGAACUGGACAAUACAUAUAUAAUAUACACAGCGGACCAUGGUUAUCAUAUUGGUCAGUUUGGGCUGGUGAAAGGAAAGUCCAUGCCAUAUGAGUUUGAUAUCAGAGUUCCUUUCUAUGUCCGAGGGCCAAAUGUGGAGGCUGGGUCCUUGAAUCCUCACAUUGUGUUGAAUAUUGAUCUCGCACCUACAAUUCUCGAUAUUGCUGGACUGGAUAUUCCGUCUGAUAUGGAUGGUAAAUCCAUUCUAAAGCUUCUGGAUUCUGAGAGACCAGUGAAUAGGUUCCAUUUAAAGAAAAAGAUGAAGGUGUGGAGAGACUCAUUCCUAGUAGAAAGAGGUAAACUGCUGCAUAAGAGAGAGAAUGAGAAGGUAGAUGCCCAAGAAGAAAACUUUCUACCCAAAUACCAGCGUGUGAAAGACCUCUGUCAGCGAGCUGAGUAUCAAACAGCUUGUGAACAGCUUGGCCAGAAAUGGCAGUGUGUGGAAGAUGCCAGUGGAAAGCUCAAGCUACACAAGUGCAAGGGAAUGGCGAACUUGGCAGCUGCACGCAACAGCAAAGGCACCUCCAAUAUUUUGCCCAAGUAUUACAACAGGAAUAGUGAAGACUGUAAUUGUGAGGAGAAUGAAUAUAAGCUGAGCCAUGUUGGACGAAGAAAGAAACUUUUCUCCAAGAAAAAAUACAAACCAAGCUAUGUCCGGAAUCGUUCGAUCCGUUCUGUAUCUCUUGAGCUGGAUGGAGCCGUUUAUACCUUGGGUUUAGAGGAUGGCUACCAACCUGUCUUACCAAGAAACAUCACCAAGCGGCACAAGGUACAGAGAGCUGUUCUUCGUGAGGAGGAAGAUAAAGACAUGGGGGAAUACAGUGGCACUGGGGGCCUUGCAGAGUACACAGCCCCUAACCUAAUAAAAGUGACUCACAGGUGCUAUAUCCUGGAGAAUGAUACUGUUCAGUGUGACACAGAUCUGUACAGGUCACUGCAAGCUUGGAAGGACCAUAAACUUCAUAUUGACCACGAGAUUGAAACUUUGCAAAACAAAAUAAAAAACCUGAGGGAGGUGAGAGGUCAUCUGAAGAAGAAACGACCUGAAGAGUGUGAUUGUAACAAGAUAAGUUACCAUUCAAAACACAAAAGCAAACUGAGGCACAAGGGAUCUAGUCUUCAUCCUUUCAAGAAAGCCCUACAGGAGAAAGACAGGCUCUGGCUGCUUCGGGAGCAAAGACGAAAGAAGAAACUGCGCAAACUGCUUAAGAGAAUAAAAAAUAAUGACACAUGCAGCAUGCCUGGUCUGACCUGCUUCACCCAUGACAACCAGCACUGGCAAACUGCUCCCCUGUGGACACUGGGCCCUUUCUGUGCCUGUACCAGUGCCAACAACAACACAUACUGGUGUUUGAGGACAAUCAACGAGACUCACAACUUCCUCUUUUGUGAAUUUGCUACUGGAUUUUUGGAGUAUUUUGAUCUUAAUACUGAUCCAUAUCAGCUAAUUAAUGCAGUGAAUACGUUAGACAGAGACGUUCUCAAUCAACUCCAUGUCCAGCUCAUGGAACUGAGAAGCUGCAAAGGGUAUAAACAGUGCAACCCAAGAACCAGGAACAUGGAUCUGGGACUUAAGGAUGGAAGCUACGAGCAGUACAGGCAGUUUCAGCGUCGAAAGUGGCCAGAUGUGAAGAGACCAUCAUCUGCCAAGUCACUAGGACAACUGUGGGAAGGAUGGGAGGGCUAACCUCCCCCAACCACUGCACCUCCGUGAGGAUACAAAGUGGCCAGAACUUGAAUCCAUGUACAGACUAAAUGAAAAUGUGUAUGACUUCAGAAAGAAUUAUAAUGUUAGCCUGGAGGACUGGAUAAACUUUGAGGCUGAAAUAGAUAGAAUGUUUGCACUGGUGAGUGAGUUAAAUAGAUUCAGUGAAAUUAUGGGAAAUGCUGUCAGAAACACAGGUCUCUGAAAUCCACUAUUGUACCUGCUUUUUGCUUUUGAUUAUACCUCACCUGCUUCACAAGGCGUUCUACUUCAAGACACCACCACUAACACUGCUCCAGGAAAUGCCAGAAGAGGAAAUACAGCCACAUCCCAAAGAGGAUUGCCAUCCCACGGAGGCAAAGUGCACACAAAUACAGUGGAAGUAAACUUAAAACCUUUUUCAGUGCAACUCUUUCUGCAGUUGUCAUGAGGAAAACUUCAAAGCCAAGUAUAGAGCAAGAUUUAGAAAACAUGGACACUUUUGCUUCUAACUGGGGUAAAGGCAACGGUGGAAAAGAACUUCUAAGAAAUUCAGGAAUUGAAGUGAAGCAGCAUUGAACAUUUUCAACACCAUGUUUCUCAAAUUCCCUCUGAGGAUACGUUUUAGUUCCAUGUCUACUUGUCCAUCCUAUUGACACCUCUAUGAAUAUUAGAGAAAAUCUUGACUAACAGGACGCCAGGUUUUUGGAGGGGUUGUGUAAAUAUUGAUCAACAUACUGUUUGAAAAUAAAUUCCUUCAGGUUGUGAAGAAUUUUAUUAAUAAAAAGAGUGGAAUGCCCACACACCACUUCUCAAAAUGUUACUUAAUGUUGCAUAGUACGUUUCAGAAUUUAUCCAUUUUUAGAGUACUGAAAAAUUUCAGUAAAUGUACAUCUUAAAUUUUAAUGAAAUCAGAUUUGUAUGAAGUUUUUUUAUGUGGUAAUAUUAUAUUGUAUGUUCAAAACCAAAACAAUUCCUUUGGGAAAUCGGCAUUUGCUUAGUAGUGUAACUUCUACAUUUAUUUUUUAAAAAGGCAGCUCCAAGAAGUACAAUACUUGUAGCCAAUAAAGAAUAAUCUAGUUAUCCUUUAGUCUACAAAAAAGUAGAUGUUCUGAAUGACAGUUACUGUUUAAAGGCUUUUAAAGGGAAAAAACCCAUCAUUUUACUAAGGAAGCACAGUGUACAGUCUAUUGAGUAUUUUCAUAAAGAUGUUAUUAAAUACAUUGUAGUACAGGCACUAGCAGUGAUAUUUGUAUUUAUCUUUUUUCAUGUUAAUCUUCUACCUGUUUUAAAGGCACAUGCAGGAGGGAGUUUAUGUGACAGACUCGACCAACUGUGGCCUUCACUCUUAACAAAGAGGUACUUUUUUUUUCAAAACACAAACUUAAUUUGUACUUCUAGAAACCGUGUAAAAAUACAUUACAGGAAUUCUUUUGAUACCCUACCUGGUUUUACACAUUAGGAAAUGCAAUUAAGAAAUUACUUCACAAGGGCCAUAGCUCUCCUGUACCACACCCCCAUACUCAAAAUCUAUACUUGAAUUUUAGGAACUGAGAAAAAAAAAAAAGAAAUAGCCUGCUCAGAAAAUGGCAGAGGGGUCUUUCAUAUAUGUGCUAUAUAGUAAAACUAGGCUUGAGCUUGUAUUUGUAUCACACGAGUAAGUCAAAUACACUUCUCAAUUUUCUUGCAAGGUUUUUUUAAUUACAGAAAUAAUAUAUGAUUGUCUGUCUUAAUCUAGCCAUAGAUUUCAGAAGCGUCUGCUAGAUGAGAUCUGGAUCAAUACAAAUAGGUAAAAAAUACUAAAUUUAAACUCACCAAUAGAAACACAUUUUUGCUGCUUUUCAGAGAAAAAGUGUUAGCUGUCUACCCUUCCCAGUGAGUAUGCAGAAAGAAUACUAGAUUAGAUUAAACAAGCUGGCAUGCACUUACCUUUUUUUGUGUGUUCAGCCUGUAGUCUUUGACAAGAUGAGGGCAUGACUACCAAAAUCCUGAGUGGCCAGCAGUACUGCUCCUGUUAGCAGUCAGAAGCUUGAAAAGUUACCAUGUCCCUUUAUACAAAAUACUGGGCUCUGGGACUUGUAUGUGACACAAGCAGCAGCUGUUAUUUUAUGACAGGUACAUGGUUGCCAUGCUGUGGGGAAAGCUACCACCUCUUCUCCUUUCAGCUCUGCUAAAGAGUGAUAUUGAAGUUGAAACAGACAUAAAUUCCACUCAGUGUCAGUGCAGCUUUAGUUGCUAAAUGGGUCUCAUAGGUAGACUCCCUUAGCUUUUACUGCUGACUAGGAAAAAAUUUAAAUCUUUUUCUAUACCUAGCUUUCCUCACUAAUGGCACUGAAUUUUCUCUGACCUUUCCAGGAUAGAGUUAUCAGCCUUAAAGUAUCAGACAGCUAAUACACUUGUCAUCACAUUCUAUUUUUAAAUAGAAACCUUUAUUUACAUUAUUAUUAACAUCCAAACACAAAAAUCAGAAGAGCAGUAAUACCUUACAACCAACUCUUUUAUAAAUCAGUCCCAUGAUUCUUCUGUUUUGCAAAAUAAAGAUACAGAUAUUUCAAGCAAUACUUAUAAUGUAAACUAAACUUAAAUGCAAUUCUCAAUACUGUAUGCCUUCUCCUGAGAAUUUUUUUAAAUAUUGCUCUCAGAAUUACAUGGUUUCAUAUUCGCUGUAUCAUUCUGUCAUUGGGUAGCCUGCACAUAAAUUCUAAAAUAAAAUGUGUGCUAACUGGUACAACAUUCAAAUAGUUUUUGCCUUAUGACUGAAAAAUGGUCCUGAUUUUCUAACUUUAAAAGCAGUAUUUUAGGCC